AUGGAUAACAGAUACAAUGAGGAUGAUGAUAAUAAUGAUGAUGAUCCGUCAUACAAACAGUUUGAAACACAUGAUGGAAUUGUUUUUCUAAUUGGGCUUUCUCCUGAAAUGUUGCUACCAUUAAAGGAACUAAAUUAUACAUCUCAACUUUUCGAGAUUCUAUCCAGUAUAAAUGAUUUGAUGUCAGAAUUGAUCAUCACCAUGCCGCAGACUGGUAUUGGUAUCUACAUUUAUAACUGUGAGUCAUCCUCUUUGACGAAACAGACAAAAAUUCCUGGUCUUACUCGUAUAUUCACGUUAAAUGAUAUGAAUGUUCCAAAUAUGAAGACCUUGAGUGAUGCUAUUAUGGACGAUGCAAGAGGCAUUAGUCCGAUAGAUAAAAAAAUAAUAUAUAAGCCUCCAAAAGAUUCAGAGCAAUUACCAGUCAUAUUGAAUAAAAUGAUGGAUGAGCUUAAUAGAAAGAAACAGUAUAACAGCAAAAAGUUAAUAUGGUUCACUAAUAAUGAUAAGCCUUAUACAAAGAAUUCAACCAAAGAAAACUUAUGGAGAAUUAUCAAUGAUUUUGAUAGUCUACGGUAUUUUAUUAAGCCAAUAUUCUUGGAAAAAUAUACGGAUGCCAACCAGAGAGAGAAGGAGCCCUUUAAUAUGAAGCUCUAUCAAGACAUAUUCCUUAACACAAAUUACUUGAAAAGCACUCAUCAAGGAUCUGAAUACCGCGACAAUGUUUUUCAGGGUGUUUCAAAGAAUUCUUACAUGUUUCAAAGUACAUUGUUAUCGAGAAGAAUAAGAUCAUCGAUAUUCAGACUUAAAGAAGUAAGACGAAUUAUGUUUUCUUGUAAUUUAUAUUUAGGUGAUGGGGAAUCUAGGGGCCUUGGUUGCUCUGUGAAAGGUUAUGCAUUAUACCUGCAAUCCAAAGUCAAUAAGUUCAAGCAUAUAUACACCAAAGGCGAGCACCCUAAGACUGUUCAUUUGGAUACCGUACUAAAAGAUCAAGAAACCAAUGAGGAGAUCAGCUUAGAUGAAGACUUAGAAAAGCCAUUAGUUGAGAAAAAAGAUUCUGCAAAUAUAAAGAAAGGUUUUCAGCUCUCAGGAGGUCGAGUGCUAUAUCUCAAUUCACAGCAGCAAAGAUUUUUGAAGAAUUAUACUUUUGAUCACGAUCCCGGUGUUCUUGAAACAGUGAAGAUGAAGCAGAGCACCAAUAUUGAUGACAGCGAUGAAGAUUAUAAUAGCGAGAGCAGCAAUGAAGAAGAAAAUGAUGUUCCCUCUUUUAGUAAACCUCCUUAUCUAAAAUUACUAGGAUUCCGCGACGUUUCCAGAUUUCAAGCCUUCUAUAAUAUCAGCCCUCCUAUAUUGGUGACUCCUGAUCUUUAUGAUGGUUUGAGAUCUAGCAAUAGUCUCGGAGGGUUCCAAAAUUCUUUCACCACUUUCUCUUCCUUGUAUCAGUCUUGUGUGGAACUUAAGAAAUUUGUAAUAGUGUUUGGUUGUACCAAAAGAAAUUCUUUACCAAAUUUAUAUGCUUUGUAUCCAACAAGAAUUGAAUUUUCGUCAAGGGCUGUUCCAAAUCAAAGAGAAUUCCCAGAAGGAUUUUUGUUGAUAAGAAUGCCAUGGUUGGGAGAUAUACGCUCUUUGCCCAAUGAUUUUCUUACAGAUUUAAACUACUGCAAGUCUGAAGUGCCCGAGAAAGUAAUCAAAGGUUUUCAUAAUCUCAUAGAUUCUAAUCUAUUUGAAAGCUUUAACCCUGGAGAGUUUCCGAAUCCUUCUUUGAACUAUUUUUACAAAAUCAUAAAGCAUAAUCUACUUCAAAUAGAGCUUCCCGCUUCUGAGAAAGCAUUGAAAGAAAAUGAUGUUACCGCGGGAAAAGUUGCUGAUAUCCGAAGUGAGCUCUCUAAAGAUCCUCAAAAGCUUAGCCAAAUUAGACUCAUAAACGAGUCCAUAGACGCCUUGGCUGCAGCGCACGAAACUACAACUUAUAACACAAACUUAUCAGAGGAGCUGGCUCCAAAGAGGAUAAAGACGGAUUCAAUAUCAGAGAGCGCUAUCAUUGAGGGCUGGAAGUCUAAAAGUUUGAACAGCUUCACAGUACUGCAGUUAAAAGAAUUUGCUAAAAGAUACCCUAAUGCAAUAAAGGUAGGUCAUAAGAAGCAAGACUUGGUGGAUAACGUCAUCGAAUUUCUAAGUUCUCGAAAGUCAUAA